AUGGAAGCCCCUGCGUGGCACAGCUCAGGAUAUUCACUUGACAGCAAAAGUAUAACAAAAAGAAAAGAUGCUCCUUGUGCCAGAAAAACUUCCAAGGUGAAAUGUGACGACUUUGCUUUGUGGAUGGAAAAGCAAAUGGUGCGUGAGGCUGCAGAGGGAAGCUGGCCGACAGACGAAGGCUGUGGUGUUCACAUCUCCACAAGAAACUUGCAGAUGAGCAGAGUAACAGGCGAAAGAGCCUCAACAGGGCAGCUGGCAGAGGAGCUGCUCUCUGAGCGGCGCCGAGUCACAUGGCGAACGCAUGGAAAGGGCCCGGACAGCAAAAUCUCUUUGCAGGUGUUCAAAAGGCAGUGCUCAGAAGAAGCUGGAGGCAGGAAGGUGAGUGCUCUUUUGUGUAGACUAGAGGAAACUGAACUCAGCAUCGUGACCCAAGAGGGAGAAAUCCACCCAUUUGACUUUCCAGAAUCUGAAAGGAAAAGGGAAAUGACAGAGCACAGUUGGCCGCUGGUUCAAAUAAAUAACCUCAGCAGGAGUCAGGAAAGUUUUGAAAGAGAGUCUGGAAGGGGGAGUGCAGAUAUGAUCAACACUUUCCAGGGGGCAUUGAGGAGACACACAACGCGGUCACAUUCUGAGAGCAGUGUGGAGAACAGGCAAGUAAACAAGCUGAUGCUGAACUCCCCCAGUGAUGAAAGCAAGGCCGCGGUCCUGAGUUUCCUGGAUACUUCUGAAGAUCCAAGAAAUGGAGAAAUGGAGAGCCCUCCUCCCCUUCAAAGCAGGGGAGAAACUGGAGGACAACAGUUUGCCCUUCCCAACAGGCAAGGUGGAAACCUGAAACAGCUUGCUGAAUGUGCCUCUUGGCCCGACAGAGCCCCAAACGGUUGCCAUGUUGCUCUGACUGGCACAGAAUAUUCAGGGGAGGUGCCUGGGAGUGAUAAGGUGAACAAGGGCCUUGAGAUAAAGGUGACUGCUUUAAACCUUGCCUUAGUUUCUGGAGAGACUGAAAAACAUUUAAGGGAGAACUGCAGCCCGUCCCUGGAGACAAGCGGGGAGAACCCUGGUGUCUGCAAUGAACUGGGUUUUGAUUCAGAGAGCCAGGCAGGUUGCUUGCAAAGUCCUGGGAAAGAGGCCCAGCUGGCAGAGAACCUCAAGGCCACAACAGCCACUGUCAUGGUGGUGACCCUGCAGAACCCUUUUCAUGAUGCCAAUGAAGAUGGCCCAAGCCAAACAGCUGGAGAAGACUCUCCAGGAAGCAGGGAACGUCGGCCGCAGGAGCACAGAAAGCGGGAGAAUAAGCAAGAGGACGAGAAAGCGCUGAAAGUGGCAGACGUGAAGAAGACGUUUGAGAAGCCCAAGCCUGCAGGGGAGAAAGCCACACCACCUCCUCGGAAAGAAACAAUGAGACGAGUGGUACGACAGAGCAAGUUUCGGCACGUCUUUGGUCAAGCGGUGAAAAAUGACCAGUGUUAUGAUGACAUUAGAGUUUCCCGUGUUACGUGGGAUAGUUCUUUUUGUGCAGUCAAUCCGAAAUUCGUUGCAAUAAUAAUAGAGGCUAGUGGUGGCGGCGCAUUCCUGGUUCUCCCUUUACACAAGACAGGUAGAAUUGACAAAUCCUACCCCACGGUAUGUGGCCACACAGGACCUGUGCUUGACAUAGACUGGUGUCCUCACAAUGAUCAAGUCAUCGCCAGUGGUUCGGAAGACUGCACUGUCAUGGUCUGGCAGAUCCCAGAGAACGGGCUGACACUGUCCCUGACAGAGCCUGUGGUCGUCUUAGAAGGCCACUCUAAAAGAGUGGGCAUAGUGGCUUGGCACCCCACUGCACGCAACGUGCUGCUAAGUGCAGGUUGUGACAAUGCUGUCAUCAUCUGGAACGUGGGGACAGGCGAACCCCUCAUAAAUCUGGAUGACAUGCAUCAGGACAUGAUUUACAACGUGAGCUGGAAUCGGAAUGGCAGCCUGAUCUGCACGGCUUCCAAGGACAAGAAAGUCCGAGUGAUUGACCCCAGGAAACAAGAAAUUGUUUCAGAGAAAGAGAAGGCACACGAGGGGGCCCGGCCGAUGAGAGCCAUCUUCCUCUCUGAUGGGAAUGUCUUCACCACGGGCUUCAGCCGGAUGAGCGAAAGGCAGCUUGCGCUCUGGAACCCUAAAAAUAUGGAAGAGCCCAUUGCCCUCCAUGAAAUGGACACCAGCAAUGGCGUGUUGCUGCCCUUUUAUGACCCAGACACCAACAUCAUUUACUUAUGUGGAAAGGGUGACAGCAGCAUUCGCUAUUUCGAGAUCACAGAUGAGUCGCCGUAUGUGCACUACCUUAACACUUUCAGCAGCAAAGAACCGCAGAGAGGGAUGGGCUUCAUGCCGAAGAGGGGCUUGGACGUGAACAAGUGUGAGAUAGCCAGAUUCUUCAAACUUCAUGAGCGAAAAUGCGAGCCCAUUAUUAUGACUGUCCCUCGGAAGUCUGACCUCUUCCAGGAUGAUCUGUAUCCAGACACAGCUGGUCCCGAAGCCUCUCUGGAAGCUGAAGAAUGGUUUGAUGGGAAGAAUGCUGACCCCAUCCUGAUCUCCUUGAAGCACGGAUACAUUCCGGGGAAGAACAGGGAUCUCAAGGUGGUCAAGAAGAACAUAUUGGACAACAAGCCGGCAGCAAACAAGAAAGGUGAUCUCAUUAGCACCCCAAAGAAAGCAGCGGACACCUCAAACGCUCAAAAUGAAGCCAAAUUGGAUGAAAUUUUGAAAGAGCUCAAAUCUCUAAAAGACACAAUCACCCAUCAAGAUGAGCGCAUUUCCAAGUUAGAACAGCAGAUGGCGAAGAUUGCAGUCUGAGAGCCGAGUGGGGUUGUGGAGGAAGGAAGGAAAUGCGGAGAACUCCCUGUGAGGUGGCUACAGGGUGUGGAGAACUGGGGGAGGCACUGCCAUUUGGGAGGAUGUUCAUAUUUUCCAAAGCUGGCCUAAUACGACCACCUUGAGCGCUUUGCCAGUCAGAACUUUUUCCUCCUCAAUUCACAAGCGCCAGCAGAAGCUGGCAGCGAUUUGAAGCCAAGCCUUUUUAGUGAGAGAUCUUAUUUCCUGAUGUUCUUAGUGACUUGUGGCCAUUUCAAAACUGCUGCUGUCACCACCUGUUUCCACUCAUUGAUCGUAAAGCUAAUCAUUCCACCUCUCCGGUGAGGAGCCAAGAUAUCUAUCAAACCUCCUACGAUUCGGGACCAAAAUUUCCAUUGUUUUUAAAAGUACAUUUAAAAAAAAAACUUUAAAGUUGCCAAAUCCAAAAGUCAUGAUUUUUUUUCCUUUUUACUAUUUUGCAGUAUUUUUUGCAUUUUUAAUCUAAAGGAACAUUGCUGUGUGUGUACAUUUGCCAUUCAAAGAACAAAAAAGUCUUGUGCAAGCCUCUUAAUCUUUGAACAAUUGAUGUGGUAGACCCAUAGCCAUGUCUGAAAGACCCAACCUUGAAAAUAAUGUCUGAACUCUAUAAAUGCACCCCGAUCACCUCCUCUCUAGUUACUUAGAGUGGGGCAAUCCACUCGUCUCCUCCCCCCACAAUACCAUCAUAGGGAUUGAAUGCUUUUUCCAGGGCUGCGUAUUGGAGUCUGUGUUGCCAUUAUUCAAGCAUACGUUGUGCUUUUGAUUUAAUCUUAAUGGUGUCAAAAGCUGGCAUGUCUUGGUGAUUGCUGAUUUCUGGGUCCGUGCUGUCCUACAAGACAUUUGUUCUAUUUAUCAUCUGUAUGUAAACUUUUACAAAUGUGGGUUUGGAACAUUAAGGAGCGGUGACCAGCCACUAGAUUUUGCAAGCUGUUGAGUAGCUAUCUGGGAAUAUUCCGUACACACACACCCCUACACCUACCUACCUUCCUUCCUUCCUCUGUCAUCCUCUGUUUAUAGUUUUCUUGGCUGUGUCUGUAGCAGAGCCCUGUGUUUCCUUGUCCCAUCCACUUAGGAUUUCUGAAACUGUUUUUUAAAAAUUAACUCUCCUGUUGCUUGAGGAAUUUCAGGUCAAAUUUGAUUGUCGAAGUAGCAGGACUUCCCCCUGAUCUCGGUGGUGAAGGCAACAACUCCCGCCUAGAGGCAGGCAGGGAGGAGUCAGUCUGUGAGAAAGCUCAGUCCAUGUCUGGGAGAUUUGAGGAAGAAGUCCAGUUGGGGAUCCUCUUGGCUCCCUGAAUCACCUGACUCAUCCCUGUUACCUUGGUCACUUACCCCUUCUCAGCCAUCUUCACUAAUAGUGUAGCAGCACACCAGAAAUUAAGCCCAAAAGCUGCCGCAGCGAAUAAGUGGCAAGAGGCAUCCACUCUGCUCCCCCAUCUUACCAUCAGCUGCAGUCAAGUUCCAUCUCUACUAAACAAAACCCUUAAUGUUUCUUCAGGCCUGCAAGAGCGGCAGGUUUGCCCCUUGCCCCUCAAAGAAGUUCCUUUCCUUAGCAGGUAACUAGCCCCUGGCUUCAUCAUCCCUUUUCACGCAACCAGGUGAUAACGAGUGUCUGUGUUAUAGAAGAGGGUUUUCAGAUCAAAUCAGUUCCCUGGCUAUUUUCUGCUAUGGAAACCCAAAAUGGGUCUGUCUGGCAUGCACAGAUGCGGGCUUUUUUGUUCUUUCCUGCCCCCUCCCCCGCAUUACAGUAUUCUCAAAUGCCCAGAGAACCUGAGGCUGUUUUAUGCUAGACAUGCAUGAUCAAAUGCCCCAGGCAAAGCUGGAUGCUCUUGCCAAACACAUCCAAAGACAGUCUGCCUCCAUGGCUGAUUAUCUUGAUGCUUUGUAAUGUCUGAAGCACACCACUUGAAGAGGGGAGGCUGUGCAGGGAGAUCCCCAACAAUUGUACUGGAUCUGGUUUGACUGUCCCCACGCCCCGCCCCACCCUGUGUCUUCAGAGUGUUGCAGGUGUGUUGAAAUCACCUGGCAGCUUGAACAACCCUGUGUCUUGAAGGACAGUGGAGCAGCUGAUCAUCUGGGCAGUCUUUGUUUUAAGAGCUUUGAAUGCUACAUCCAUUUCUUUCUUGAUACAAAACAUACACCCCACUCUCUCUGCCAACCCAGGAGACUCUCUAAAGAAUCUACUUUUCAGCGUGGUGACCUUGCAGAGCGUCAUCUGGCAUAAAAAUGUCUUGCAGUCUUUUCCUUCAGUAGUGUAGCUAGAAUUUCUAAGGUGGUCAAAUUUUUUUUAAUUGCAUGUUCAAAACUCUUAAUCAGAAUUAAGUGCUCUGGGGAGGAUAUUACAUGCCUGCGUGGGGAAUUAUACUGAGGGGACAGAUAAGUUGCUUUUUGCUGAUGGGACAAUGUAUGUGCACCAUUUAAUAGGAUCAAACAGUCCUAUAAAGCAGUAAUGUUCAUAAGCUGUGUAUGAAAGACAAUUCUGGUCAAUAAUGUUUUGGUGGGAGCCCAUAAGUUGAGCCAGUUCUGAGGUAAGUGGGUGUUUGGUGUGUGUUGCGCUCGGUGGCUAAUGAGGGGGUGCCAAUUUUCAGAAGGCAUAAGGGAGCUCACUGCCCCAAGAGUUACUAUCUUGUCAGUCUGUACAUGUUGCCUCAGUGUUAUGUUCUGGGGAGCAUUUUGUUUUCAAUCCACUUGGCGUAGAGAAGAGGAGAGAGAUAUUUUUCUUUUCUUUCCAAAUGCCAGAUCCAGUAACCUUCCAGUUUCCUUUUCUGCCACAACAGUACUGAUGUUCCUUAAUGUGAUUUUUCCUUUUUCUCUUUUGAAGGGAAGGAGUGUGGAAAAGGCCCUCCUUGGGUGGUUAGUUUGUAGCUUGUGUUUUAUUUAAAAGAAUUGGUGAUGCCUAACCAGGCUCAAAAGGAGUCAGUGCCUGCAGCUUCUUAUGAGCUGAGACACACACCCCCGAGACCCAGCAAAGGUACUCAAGAGAUGUGCUCUUAUAGAGCACCCAAAGUGUUCUGUCCAAAUAGUUGCUUCCAAUUUCAGAUAUUAAAAAAAAAUCAUUGAUGACAAAAACCCAAA